ACAACCAGCGCCCCUUUCCCAAAUGCUUCCCUCCCCCUUGUUGCUAUUGCUUGUCGUCGUCGGUUACCAGGGCAACGGAAAAAGCGCGUGAAGAAUGUGUGAAGAAAGCAGCCCGGUUGCGACACAGCAACAACACAGCCGCACUGCGUUGAAUUUUCUGAAUUCCGCCCGUUAGUGUAAAGGUUCGGUUCUCGGUUUCGGAAGGAAAAGGUGUGGAAUUUGUUACUUACCACGGAGAGCAGUGUGUGGCCGUGUCCCGCUUGUUUGUAUGUGUGUGUGUGUGUGUUUUUGUGUGAUGAGUAUGCUAGAGUAAAACCCCCGGUGUGUGAGACCUCCCGAGACCAAACGAUUUGAAGGGCGUGAAUAAUAAAUUACAGAAGAAUUCAGCCGCAAGGAAAGACUCCUUGGUUGCAAUGUGUGUGUGCCUUAACAGCUAAAUCGCGAUAAAAAUUCAGCCCUACAUUAAAGUGCUUUCCAUGUGUGUGUAUUUGUGUGUCUUGAGUGUUGGGCUGUGUAAUUAAAUUAUCGAGCGAGAUUGAUGAUCUUUCCCCACCAGCAGCAGCAGCACCUGCAGCUGCAAAAGGGGAAAGGGAAGGGUGCGGUGAGACAGUUUUCUGUUCAAAUCUGGUUGAAGGUGGGUACCGUUAGCAACCAUAAUCCGAACAUGGCAGGCAUGGCUGAUUGUGUGUGUGUGUGUGGUUUUGUUUGGAGAAACCCCUGAAGCAAAGGGCGCACCGAUCUCGAUAAAGAAGUCAUCCGAAGAUCAAGCUCGACACUCUCUAAUAAGAUCGAUAAUAAAGUUUGUUUGGUGAAAUGUGCGUAACGUAGAAUUGACACAAACUGCAAAAAAAGCAAAAAAAAAAGUACCAAGUGAUUUGAAUAUGGAGAUCAAACUACGUGGUGCAAUCCGAACCGGUCACAUGGUGUCAAGUGAGCGACACGGCCCGUUGCACAACGCAUGAUGCGUUCAAAUCCGAUUUGAGCUAAAGUUUUCGCUCGCUUAUACCACUUCGUCGUAUAAGAUCGUGUUAACAAAAGUCCAAUGCAUGUGACAAAAUCGAUCGCAAUGUCACAAAAAGAUCCUCUCCGUCCUCUUGUGCGCCGCCCGAAAGCCAGUAAGUGAGACCAGUGUUAUCUACAUGUGUCGGAAUAAGUGUCGGAAGAUGUGUUAAAGUGUACUAGCGCGUGUGUCUGUGUGUGUGUAUAUAUCCACGUUCGUGCAUAUGUGUGUGUCGAUGUGUAGUGUCCGGUAGAUCACUGGUUCCGGGGUGUGUGUGUGUGUGUGUGUGUGUGAGUUUGUAGGCGAGAGCGGCGGUUCCAGCAACGGCGGCGAACAUCAUCGUAACCGCAACAGCGGCAGCCCCGGGCAGCCGCUACCACCACCAUCCACCGCCGAGCGGCGGCACGAGCGCCCCCGGUGGCGGGAGCCGCAAGCUGAGCUUCAACAUCGGCAAGAUGGAGCACGCCGAUUUAGUCGCCGAGAUGGCUCAGGUCGAGCAUCUCUCCACGCAGGACCGGCUGCAUCUCGCGCGCAUGCGCCGAGCACAGCAGCUAAAGGUAGCGAAACAGAAGGAAAAAGAAUGGCUGAAAGCGCAGCGAAGCCGGGACCGGAUGGGGACACAGACGUCCUCCUACAAGCGACAUAUCACGUUCGAGGACAGUGUCGUACUGCUGGAGGCCGCGGCACGGAAUGACAUUGCGGAGGUGGCAAAACUGCUCCAGAAGGGUGUCACACCGGAUGCAACGAACAUGGACGGACUGACGGCACUGCAUCAGUGCUGCAUCGACGACAACGCCGAGAUGCUGAACCUCCUGCUCGACUACGGUGCGAACGUGAACGCGCAGGACAGCGAACGGUGGACGCCGCUGCAUGCUGCCGCCACCUGCGGCCACCUAAAUCUGGUCAAGAUACUGAUAGCACGCGGCGCGAACCUGCUGGCGGUAAACGCGGACGGCAACAUGCCGUACGACAUCUGCGACGACGAGGAGGCGCUCGAUUACAUCGAGGCGGAAAUGUCCAAGCGGGGCGUCACGCAGGAGCUGAUCGACGAGACGCGGGCGGCCACCGAAACGCAGAUGCUGCACGACCUGCAAGACAUCGCCCUGCAGGGUGGCGAUUUGGAAAUACCCGAUCCGCAGGGUGCCACGCCGCUUCACAUAGCAUCCGCCAACGGGUACACACGGGUCGUCGAGUUCCUACUGGAGCAUCACACAUCGACUGAUGCUGUCGAUAACGAUCUCUGGACACCGGUACAUGCCGCUGCCUGCUGGGGUCACCUGGAAGUACUUGAAAUGCUUGCCCAAAGUGGAGCCGAUUUGAAUGCCAAAAAUAAGAACGACGAAACUCCUUCCGAUAUUUGCGAAGAUCCAGAAAUACGAGAGCGAAUAGAGCAGCUAAAGACGGAACAGGAGAGCAAGCGGUUAGCGGAAGCGCAACGCAAACGUGUCCGGCGGUCGCAGAGCAACAACACGAGGGCACAAUCCGUGAGACGAACAUCGCUGCGUGAUAAGGGACUAACGACCAAAAAGGAUGCGGUGGAGGAGGCUCGCUUCCGACUACAAGCGCAAGAGGGCUACACAACGCCGGACGGUGUGGCGGCCGCGACGGCCACGGCGACGACGGUCGCAACCGCAGCCGCGACAGCAAACGGUGACAAUAACAAUCAGUCAUCGUCCUCCUCCGCCUCGGUUUCAUCCACCUCCGUGCGCACUAACGCAUCCUCCACCUCCUCCCAGCAUGCCACCAACGCCACCAUCACCUCCACUGCUACUCCACCCUCCUCCUCCACUACCACGACCACCACGAGCACGACCGGUAGUAGCAGCAGCAACAGCACGAACAGCACGACCACCAGCACCACCAUCAUCAGUAACGGCAUCAGUAGCAAUAACAAUCAUCUUCCCCCUCACCUGCAUCACCACCAUCACAAUGGCAAUGGCAGCCUGAACGGGUCCGCCGCCCAUCUGAUGAACAGUGUAAAUAACAACAGUCUGCCGAAUGGAGCCACGAUCAUCAAUGGCGGUGGCGGCGGCGGUGGAGCCAACAACAGCAACCAGAGCGUGCGCCACAUGAACAGCAUCAACAACAACCAAAGCAGCAGCCUGCAGCGGCACCGGGCCGCCGCCGGCAAGGGAUCCCCGGUGGGCGGUGGGUCACCGACCCUCAACCAGUACGAUCGGCGAUCGCCGGACGGUAAGGAUAACGAUGAGACGUACCUGAUCGAGACGAAGGGGGGUGGUGCGUCAUCAUCCCCCGCUGGUGGUGGGGUGGGUCUAGUCAGCAAUCAUCAUCCUCCUACUGCUACUGGCAAUCAUCACGCGGGUGGCCAUCAUCAUCUGCACCAUCACGGUUCGGUUAACAUUCCAGCGUCGGCGGCGGCGGCAAACGGGGGCAGCGGGGGUGGUGGUGUUGCCACCGUUGCCGCGGCCACCAGCACCACCACGGCCGCCGAGGUGUACUCCACGUCCAACAGCGAGAAUGGCAAGAUCAACGUCCAGGUGACGGUCCUAGUCGAUCCGUCUGUCGCAGGAACGCUGGCCGAUCUGAAGAAGCACCGGUCGCAGAACCGCUCGAGCGUCAGCCCGGAAAAUGGUUCCCUGCUGAGCGGUACGGCCCCGAGCCUGGCCGGCAGCAUCGGUAACGGGGGCAGCACCACCCCGAACGGUGCGAACGGUGCGACGCCCGUGGAACUGUCGCUCGUAUCGAACGAGCUGCAGCAGCAGCAGCAUCACCAUCACCAUCUGCACCAUCCGCAGCACGCAUCGCCCCAUCUCAACAGCCGGCAGCAGCAGCAGCAGCAACACUAUUACGGUGAUGGCAGUGUUAACGGAACCGGAAACGGAUCCCUGCACGGUUCGGUGGCGGUCGGGGAAAGCGAAGCGGGCACACCCGGCGGCACGCUGUCCAAGUUUAGCGGCAACACCAGUGACGUGGUGAGUGACAGCACCCGCUCGAGGCGCUGUUGUGUGGUAAUGUAAACGGGGUGGAGCGAAGAGGAAGAAGGUGGCAACCAGCAGAAGGAGAAGCAGGCACACACACGCAUUCGGUUUGUGAAACUGUGCGCUUAAAGCGAGGAUAACGGAGCGAGUAACGCUUAGCGGAAUGAGUAACGCUUAGCGGAAUGAGUAACGCUUGGCGCCAUCUAUGAAGCGCUAGAAGAAGCUGUCACUGUGUGCUGUGAGUUUCAGACAGCAUGUAGUGGUGCGUGUCCGUGCUGUCUAUUCAGCUUGCUGGUUCGAAGCUUCGCUAAAGAUCAAAUGUAAUGCGUUUUUUUUAGUAACGCCGUACGUUACUGCACUUAGCAAAAAAAAAAAAGAAAACUCCCCCCGUGACUGAGAAUUAAAAGCAAUGCCGUACUUACACAUCACACUGAAGAAAGAUAGAAAGAGAGGACAGGAUGAAGAAGAAAUUAAAGAAGACGAAUCGUUCUAUUAUAUUUGUAAGAAAAUUCCACUUAUAAAAUCAAAGCGCAGAGAAACCAAACACGAAGAAAAGCAAAUAAAAACAAAUAGAAAAGGCAAAGGUUUUGAAGUAAAAUAUAGUGUGAAACUAUCUAUGGCGGAAAUCAAAAUGUGAACAUGAAAUGUAAACGAAAGAACUGACCGAGAAGCAACAGAAUAGCUAGUGGCGAGUGAACUAUGUGAGCAGAAAACGGGAGGAACGAACGAAAGAAUGGUGUGGUUGAGCGAUAAGAUAAAGACGAAGAAAAGAAAAGAAAAAAAAACCUAGGCGUCUAGCAAUUAUUUUGUUUUGCGAAACAUUCGUCCGUUGUGAAAUGUGAUGGCGCCCGCGUAACUCGGGCGCGGUUGGGGACGGGGUGUUGUCCAGAAAUUAAACCCCAGCGCUAAACCCCACACCCCGUCGGCCGGAGGUCCUUGUGUGUGUGUGAGAGAGAGUUUUGUACAUAGGAUUAUUGUUAUUUACACUAUUAUUGUAAUAAUUAUUAUUAUUAUAUUACUAUCACGGUUGUCCGGCAGCAAACUCUCUAUCCAUUGCGAUUGUGUUUUCUCCCUCCUCGGUACGCCGGUAAUCCACCGCGGCCACGCGACUUAAGCCACAGAGACAAGGAUAGAAAGGAUGAGUGUGGAAGGAAUGAAAUGCAAUGAAACUGUGUUCCUCUACCCCCAGUGUUAGCAGAAGGAUAGAGCAACUGAAACCGAUCCACGCGUUAUCGGUGCGAACUGUAGUAGUACAUCACAUCACACAUUAUUGUUUUUUUUAAUUCACUCGUAAUUUUGGUUUUUUGUUUUGUGUUCGAUUUUUUUUCUUCUGGUUUAAUACAACAUACCCAUACACAUGCAAUCAUUGCUCAGUCAUAGGUGAAUAUCAUCUCCAUCAUCUCUUAGCAUCAAUUAAAAAGGGCGUCAGAAACGAGCGCGAAACAAUUAAUUGUGUCGGUAGAUCGGUAAAAGAGAGAGAGAGAGAGAGAGAGAGAGAGAAGAGUAAAAAGCAAUUGCUAAACAAUAACACAUGUUAUUGUUGUUCAGAUAUAAAAUGAGAGAUUCCUUCCUACAUACAUAAAUGCAACGCAAAAAGCGGGUCCGAUUGCAAACAACACCCUUUAAAAUCACAAAACCCCUAUUCGUGAGAGAAGGAGAGAUGUGUAUUCAUAUUAUAUAUAUAAAUAAAUCAAUAGCCGUUAGAAAGAUAUCGUGCAGAAGAGUGUGCGCGUGCGUGUGUGUGUGUUCCACAGAAAAGCAAUGUGAAAAACAGGCUUAAUAUGCAGCAGCCUAGCGACGACGAGGAGGGAGAUUAAGUGAGAAAAUGUGCAAGGAAGAGAAAAUAUAUUCUAUGUUGAGAUAAAAAUGAUAAAACCAAAAGGAGGCCCCAAAGUAAGAGAAAAAAACAUUCGAAAGUUCGUUGUGAUUGAACGCAGUAGUGUAUUUGCUUUCACUGCGCAGGGUUAUAUUUGUUUACAUACUUCUAAUUCGCAACAACGCUUAAGCGAGAAGGAUAUAAAUUACAUCUUAAAUGGCGCUUCAAUACUUGUGUUACCUUAUCAGUAUCACGCCUUUCUUCUUUUUCUAUACACAGGCGAGUAGUGCGCUUUCUUGCAUAGCGCACCAAAAGGAACCCUUUUUUGGUGGUGGUAGUGAGUUGAGUAGUAUCGAUAUCAAAAUAUAUAAAAACAAAACAGUAAUCUUUACAUUUUAACUCUCAAAACCCAUAUGCAGAGUAACGUGUUUUGCCAUAAC